AUGCCCGACACAGCUCCAAGCGGUGCACAGGGCUAUGACUGGACCGAAGACACAACACUGGAUCUGCUAGCUGAUGGAAUGGCUGCGUUGCGUGUCGAGCCAACUGGUGCUGGCUACCUUGGUGCGUUCCUGAGCAAUAAGCUACGUGUCAAAUCUGAAGCCCGUGUCCAGAUUGAGACCAAGCUCAUUGACGCCUACUUUGAAAACUAUCAUCCCGUCUACCCCUUUGUCCAUGAGCCAACAUUCAGAGCACAAUAUCAUGAAAUCCUCCCAAGACCGGUAAGCGCGUCGUGGAAGCUCCUCCUUUCUACUGUCCUUGCACUAGGAUCUUGGUCAUCUGGACAAACUCAAACAGAGCUUGAUGAACAGCUUUACCGCCGCUCAAUCUCAUUGGGCGAAGAUGAGUCAAUCUUCGAGGUGGCCAAUCUCACUACAAUCCAAGCACUCGUUCUGUUGAGCAACCUUGCCCAGAAAAGGAAUAGGCCGAAUACUGGAUGGAAUAUGCUAGGGCUCGCUACUCGCAUGGCUCUGAGUUUAGGUUUACACCGUGAACAUCCUAGCUGGAACGUCGGUAUCUUGCACCAGGAAAUGCGCCGGAGAGUCUGGUGGGGUCUCUUCUUAUUUGAUAGCGGUGCAUCGACGACAUUCGGUCGUCCGAUCCUGCUUCCCGAUCAGAAUUCUAUGGAUACGUGCCAUAUCCUGAACAUUGACGACGAAGUAAUUCUGCACCAUCUCAAAUAA